UAUCAACACUUACAUUGUUCCUAUUUUUACAUUUUAACAGGUUAGUAUCUAAAUAUUCUCAUUGUGAUGUUUUCUAUUCUGGAUUCAUGUUUAUUAUUAUGCACCAAUCAGCAGCAAGAUAUCCCCUCAGUGUUCCUGUAGGCACUAAUCACCUGCCAUACAGCCACACACUGACAGGCUUUAAACACCUCCACACACACACACACACACGCGCCGUGCAGCAGCAGCAGAGCUCCGGCAGUAAAACAGAAAACGGUCGCAGCUCUUGAUAUCUUCUUAUUUCCUGGAGAACCGAGGCUGAACCGGAAUAACGGAACCAGACCGGACCGACAAGGAGCCCCUGUAACCCGGGACAACCAGCGGGAGUGUCCGGUAACGGCUCUGGUUCUGCAGCUGGAGGAAGAAACGUGACAGGAAUCAAAGGUCGAUCAGAAUGAUGAUGAACUCUGAGAAGAUGAAGAAGAAACCUCCGAAGGACAGUUUGACUCUGCUGCCAUGUUUCUACUUUGUGGAGCUGCCCAUUGUGGCUUCUUCUAUGGUGUCUCUGUACUUCCUGGAGCUGACGGACGUGGUGCAGCCGGCUCAGGUGGGUUUCCGCUGCCACGACAGAGAGCUCAGCAUGCCGUACGUGGACGGAGGAGACGAGCUGAUCCCGCUGCUGAUGCUGCUGAGCCUCGCCUUUGCCGGGCCGGCCGCCUCGAUCAUGCUUGUUGAAGGUUUGAUCUACUGCCUGCAGUCCAGACUGAGGCUCCGCAGACCUGAGGGGAGCAUCAACGCCGGAGGCUGCAACUUCAACUCCUUCCUCAGGAGGACGGUGCGCUUCGUAGGUGUGCAUGUUUUUGGUCUGUGUGCAACGGCGUUGCUCACAGACAUCAUCCAGCUGUCGACGGGUUACCACGCUCCAUUCUUCCUCACCGUCUGUAAACCGAACUAUACGCUCGCCGGCUGCGACAGGAAUGCUUACAUCACUAAAGACAUCUGCUCGGGUCAUGACCAGCACGCCAUCAUUGCCGCCAGGAAAUCUUUCCCUUCCCAGCAUGCAACUCUGUCUGCCUUCGCUGCCGUUUAUGUUUCUAUGUAUUUUAACUCGACCAUCUCCGACAGCACCAAACUUCUCAAACCGGUCCUGGUUUUUGCGUUCGCCAUCGCGGCGGCGCUGACGGGCCUGACUCAGAUCACGCAGCAUCGCAGUCACCCGAGCGACGUGUACGUCGGCUUCCUCAUCGGAGCCUUCAUUGCUGCUUACCUGGCGUUUCACGCUGUCGCCAACUUCAAGUCCUCCGAUGACGUCACUCCGGCCCCGCCUCCCUUGCCGCCGAAGAAGGACCCUCUGCGUGCGCUGACGGAGCGAGGACACGAGUCCGUCUACAACAAGGGCCCC